AUGACCAAUAUUCAUUCCAUUUCCAUUUAUGGACCGUUCUAUGAUCCACUCGAUUUUAAAACCAACUUGAUUCGUCUGAUUGCGCCAUUGCGAACUGAUUCAUCUAUAACUUAUAACCAACAAAUUGAACGCUACGAUAAUACUCAUAGCGAUAGCAUCGACGAUAUCGAUAUUGCUAGUAUUCGUAGUCCUAGUUAUAAAACCAGUAAUUUAACUUAUUCUAUCGAGGUACAACGAGACGAAUUGAGUCCGAAAGAAGAAAUUGUCAACGAUUUUAAUACUCAACAACAAAGUUUACUAUCGACACGAGCUCUACCACAACAAGACGAUAGCAAUCCAAUCCGUUACAGCGAGCUAAUUGAAUCCAAUCAUCAAUCCAGAUCCAACAGCUUCAAUCUAUCGAUUAGUGAAAAUACCCUUGGAAAUAGCCCUAUCGUUCAACAUUUUUCAUCUGAUAAUCUGUACAAUUCGUCCUUCAUAAAUACACCUAACGAACAGACAGCUCAAGAUAUUUUUCAAGUCCAAAGUGAACCCAAUCCUAUCCUUACUGCUGAUAAAUUAGACGGUCUAAGACAAUCGAUUGACCUACAACAUUACAGUCAUAAAAAUACUGAAAUCUACCCCAAUUGGCAUCAACAAGAUUCAAUUGGUUUGCAACAGCUUUUCAAUAGAACUAAUCAGACUAUUAACACUUCUAUCAAGAAUAAUCUAAUUCAUAAUAUCGAUACUAUCAGUAGUAAUAUUAAUAAGAAUCUUGUUGAUCAGGAAGCAGUUAACUUGCCUGAUUUUAAUCAAAUCAAUUCGGACAAUAUGGUCAAUCCGAUCCAUUUAAUAGAAAGUAGCAAAGAUAUAGACAGCAAUAAUACCAUGAGUACAGAAUAUACAAGGAGUAGCCAUAAGUUACAUGAUUCACACAAGGCGUCGGCUAAAGUAAUGCCUAACCGGUAUCCAAAUGAGAAGAAAGUUGGCCAUAGCGAUAGGGCAAUGCAAUCCAAUCCACUAGAUAGAAGUAAGGUAACAGCAUUAUCGAAAGAUGCUGACGGAAAUAAAAUAAAUGAUGAAUCGAGUAAAAGGAGUUCGAAUCAGCAAGCAAGAGAGCCUGAACGUGUGGUUAAACGCACUAGAGCGCCUAUGUACAGUUCGCCAGGUUCGCCGGAAACCAAACGGAAAGAAGAAUUACAAGCAGCAAUCCAAAAAGCAAAGAUGUUGAAAGCAAAACGAAGUCUUCCAACGGAAAGUGAGCUGAAAGCUCGAUCAACCGGUCAUUCCAAGAAUGUGGAAAGUCUAGCUUCUAGUCCAUCAACCAAUCUAUCCGGUAGUCAACGUAGUAAAGAAGAAGGAAAUACUGCCAAUUUUCAAUCCAAAUUACAUUCUGAACCUAAUCAAUCAUUGAAUGAUCAAUCAACCGAUGCAAUCGAUCAAUCAAGAUCGAUUGGAUUAAGCAUUGCUACUGAUCUACAGAAUACACAAAGUCAAAAUGAUGACAGGUUAGAUGAUAUUGAUCCUUCUCUAACCAAUAAAAAUAGUGAAAAACCAAAUGUAGCUGAUCUCUUUUCGUUAUCCAAUAAGAAAAAUAUCGAUCGACAAUUAUUAACUUCGCCUAGUCCUCGUUUGGAUGGCAUUGACGAUGCGACGGGUAAUGAUCAAAUCAUUCAUCGUUAUUCUCCUAUCAGCCCAAAUAAAGAAACAAAAUUAAGCGCUAUGCAUAGCCGAUAUCGUAGUCUUGAUACUUCAGCUUCAGAAGAAUAUGAUCGUAAUUAUCCUACUUCUCCUAAUCGUAAAAGUCCAUCGGAUCCAAUAGCACCUCGUCCUCGAGCUCCAUUAAAACGAGCUCAAACUUUACAAGAUCAUUACGAUCCUAGUUUAAAUCAGAACACAGACAAGUCACCAAUAACAACACCAUCAACCUAUGAAGCAGCGCUUCCAAAUAGAAAUAUCCAACCUACAUUACCAGCUUAUUACAACAAUAUCAAUUCUGCGUCAUCAGUCAGUAAAUCGGACCCAGUUUGUGAUUAUUGCUGUAGUAAAAUCAUCGGUACUCAUAAUUGCUUAACCAUUGAAAAUCAUAUCAUGCAUCGUCAUUGCUUUCGUUGUUUUACUUGUGGUCGCCAUUUAUCACGUAUAUCGUAUGUCUAUGAUGAAGCCGAAGAUCGAUUUUACUGCCAACGUUGUGGACGGGCUAAUAGUAUGACUAAUUUAAAUAAGGCAACAUCGACUAAAAUUAAUCCCUAUGCAGGCACUGCGCCAUCAACACCAAGUACUAGCCACUUUGAUCGAGCUACUAAAUAUCGUAUUCGUACUAUGUCCAACAGCUUAACCGAUGUAUCCCGUCGACGUACUAAAGAUAUUGCUCGUAGCUUAGAGAAUAUUUUACGAUCAAGCACACGAUCGCUCAAUUCUAUGGGUGGUAAAAAUUAUGGUAGUAAAGAAAGCUUAGCAUCCAAUAUAGAUAAAAAUGCAAAGCAAGCGCUAGGCCAUGCAUCCGAUGAUGAUACAAGUGAAAAUGAUAGUGUCUAUACUGGUAUUGAUAAUGAAAGUGAAGCUGGUGAUGUCCAAAGACGCAUUGCAAAUCCUCCACCUGCAAGAAUCCAACUUCCUAGCGAAGGAGAAAAUCAAUCUUUACAUUUUAUUGACAUUACUAUGAAUGAUAUUACCAUGCUUUACGUUAAACAAGCCCGUCUAGAAGCCCAACGAAAUCGUUUAGAGAAAGAGCUUUAUGAAGCAGGAGGCGAUCAAUACAAGAUAGGAGUAAAGGAAAGACUGAUUUUACUCAAGGAUGAAGAAUUAAAUAUCGUUAAACGAGAAGCUUCUCUAUUACUUUUGGUCGUUGAACGUAGAGAAGAAUAUAUCCUUAAGAAAUUAAUGCAAUUGGACAAGAAAGAAACUAGAUCAGAAGAUGAUACAAAUGACUAUAGAGGUUAUAUUCGAGAGUUAAAAGCAAUUAAUGAAAGAAGAGGACGUAUCAUGACUCAAGUUAAUGAACAAGGGCAUAAUAAUUUCAAAUAUAGGAAUGAAAUUAACAAUCGCUUACAAGCUGCAGCACCACGAAGAAUGUCCCUUAUUCCUCAAAAGAGAAGAAUUAGUAAACCAAAAUGUGCUCAACAGUGA